GGUGACGGUGAUCUGUAGCGGGUAACUUGGCGGAGCGAUGAAUUGCCUCUUCAGCAGCAGAAAUCUGCGCAGCAAUCCUGGCUUCCUGGUCUCUGGAUGGAUUUCGGUUAGAACUUCGUUUGUCAGAUGUUUCUGUUAACUCGCGAGGUGCACUUUGCUCUCGAUGUACCAUGUUCGGAUGACGUGGUCACGCAACGGAGCUACGAAUCCAUGCACGACACGGGUGGGCAUCGCAUCGCAAUGCCAACAUAAACAACUCCUGAGUCCUGACUGAACAUCUCCCGAGUCAGGUUUAUAUUCCUAAGGCAAACCACGGCGGCUGCUCGAGGUCCACGAAGGCAGGCGCGGAGGCUGCGGCCGCCGGCCGGAUUAAUCGGCAGCGUCUGGAUUUUGCUCUCCCAUAAUCCCAUAUGGAGGCAAUAUUAGCUAGGGUAUAUGCACUGGUGGCCAAUGGAUGCAAGCGCCCGAUGAAUAGGUAUUUCCAGGUCUCCGCCUCGCCGGGCCGCUGCUCCACCAUGCCACAGCAGCUCCGUCACCUCUGCCUUAGGCCGGAACAAUCGGAAAAUCCUCCAGAAGGACAGCACCGACAAAAUAAUAGCGGGCGAGCUCCAUCAAGUCCGGCCGACAUACCUGAAGAAAACUGGAGCAUGCAGCACAAUAAUAUCACCGUGGAGAAUUCUGCUGAUCCUGCUGUCGACCCUACUAGAGAUACUGUGGAAGGGAGUUUUGGUGACAGAGUUGCAACACUGAAGACCAUUGGGUGGGAUCGUGUCUGCGAGUAUCAGCUAGAGUUACUGCUAAAGAAGAAACCUGCCUGCAUUUGCUAUGUUUGGUGUGAUCCCUUCCCCACGAUGAAUAUAUUCCAGGGGAUCAUAAAGACAAUGUACGUCAAUAAGAUGGUUAACUCUGGUUGCAAAGUUAAAAUCCUAAUGGCAGACUGUUUUGCCCAGUUGAACCACCAGAUUGGUGGCAAUCCCAAUAAAAUGCGAAAUAUUGGCUUAUACAAUAUUGAGAUGUGGAAAGCAGCUGGCAUGGCUUUUGAUGGGGUAGAGCUAGUGUGGUUGUCAGAUGAAAUAAGUCGCCAUGCCGACACAUACUGGCCACACUUGUCAUGGAUAUUGGAAGGAGAAACACUGUGACUGAAUUAGUAAGAUCUCUUCGAAAUAGAGAUCCGAUGAAAGGAUUAACUGCUGAUGAGAUUAUUAAGCCAUGCUUGCAGUGUGCAAGCAUGUUAUUCCAGAAGGUGGACAUAUGGCUGUUGAGCAAGGAUUUGCGUGAUGCCGCCUCGUUAGCUUCACGUUACUGUAAGCUUCUAAAAAGAAAGAAUCAGCCGGUUGCAGUGUUGCACCAUAUGCCUCCUAGUCUCUUACAAUACCCUGAAAGGGAAAUAAAGUUGCAGCCAGGGUGGGAUAUUUGCAUGGAAGAUAGUGAGGAACUUAUCUGUAGAAAAAUAGAAUACGCUUUCUGCCCUCCAAACGUAGUGAAAGAUAAUCCAUGUUUGGGGUACAUAAGAUAUGUCAUCUUACCUUGGUUUGGAAAGUUUGAUGUGAUUCGAAAGAAGGAGAAUGGUGGCAAUAAGACAUAUCUAAGCAUGGAGGAGCUUGCAGCUGAUUAUGUAAGUGGGUCUCUGCAUGCUUCUGAUGUGAGGCUGGCCCUUGCAAAGUCAUUAAAUGAGAUAUUGCAGCCUGUCCGUGUUGGCUUUAAAAGCAGCAGUGAAGCAAAAGAUGCCGUGAAAGCUAUGAUGGAAUGCUAAUUUGUAAUUGGGGUUCAGAUAUCCACACUUUGGUCUCAAGAGAAAGUCUAGGGUACCAUUCCCUCUGGACUUUUUUUGUUGGCGUUAAUGCUAGAUAGUGCAAAUUUGCACUAAUUUUUUUGAAGGAAAGUUGUGUAUCGUCAACAAGAAGGAAUCCAGAUGGCACUUUACCGUAUUUGGCCAUGUAAUAAACAACUGAGAAUUUACAAUUUUAAUUUUAUAUGAAGAUUAAUGCCUCGCUCCUGUUGUGAGACUGCUAGAGCCCAGAGGAGGUAUCAGAUUGCAACAUGUAAAUUCUAAAAGUUCUCUGGAAAUAGUAUAGUAGUUUCUACUCCUGGUAUCAGAAAUAGUAGUGCAUAUUCUAGGUUAACAUGACA